AUGGUGUACUGGGAUGGGCACUGCGGGGAGAUUGUGGGAACAAAAGCCGAACGCAGAAAUGACGUUGUCGUGGCAUGCUCUGGAGAGGAUGCAGUCACCGUAGAAUGCCACGCUUUCUCUGUUAGCCGUGUGGCCACGAACCUACCAGUCUAUGAUGCCGCUAUGGACAGCCGAUGUCGAAAAGUGAGGAUAGUGGACUCGGGCAGGAGUUUGGAUUGCCUCAGUAGGCAGGUCAGGAAGCGUCCACUUUGUCUAGUCAGAAGAGUUUCAAAUUGGAUAUUCCGCAACAUUUACCAGGUUAAUAAUUUGGUCGUGGGCUGCCGAGAGAAGACAAUCCAAGGAGGAACGGAGACUUGCCACACUGAGAAGAUCCCACGAGUGACCUUCGCCAGCGAGUAUAACCAGGCAUGGACGGUUAGCAUGUACUGGAUCAAGACUCCAGAUACGAAUACUUGUGUCACCUGA